CUUUUUGAACGCAGUACGAUUCGUUAUUUUUUAUUUUUUAUUUUUUUUCCUCACAUUCUCAUAAUUAUAAUAAAGAUGUCAACUGGAGAAUUACCACUGGAAUAUAUCCUUCGCCGCUCUGUGACAGAUGGUUUUGUUCAACGGGACGACCCUGAAUUAGAACGAUUAAGACAUUCAGGCACUACGAAUACAGUGAGGAAAGGAGGUUCUUUUGGAUAUGACGGUGGUCUUGACAGUGAAACCGACAGCAGUGACGAUGCCAAUCAUUCUCAGAAGAAACUGCCAUUAUCAAGGGAUCCUUCUAUAUAUUAUCAAAAGAUUGGUCUUGCUUCUACUACUAAACAUGUCUCACCCAACACAAAGGCAAAUGCAAAGGCAGCAGCAGCAACGGUCGAAGGAUCUUAUGUCUUCAAUACCAUCAACAACCGUCGCAAUUCACAGACCUCUAGAUUAUCUGCUGGCAUUAAUGGAUCAUUAAGUUCACAUUAUCGACCACCACCUCGAGGUUAUGGUCUGACCGAAUAUUCAACAUCUGAGGAAGAGGAAGAAGAAGAAGAAGAGAAAGAUCAAGACAGUUUUACAGAUGAGGAUGAAUAUUAUUUUACAACAGACAGUGAAGACGAGGCUUCCCCUGUAGUACCAAAUCGUACUGCAAAGUCAGGAGCACUUCCUGGUCCUGUAGAUCGUAACAAGCUGGAGCUAGCUCACUAUGUAGCACAUAUUACUGGUCGAAUGGAUCCAUGGGAUCUCAAGUUACAACAAUUACAGGAAGAGGGAAAGGAAAUUGCACCACGGAUUGCAGAAAAGAUCACACAAGAUUUCAAGCAACUUGAUACGAACCAUAGUAAGACAGCUGGAGUUUAUAACAUAUCAGGAGACCAUCAAGAUAUUGCACAGCGACUUAAAGCUAUGACAUUGGAGACUGAGGCGAUUAAAGAACAACGAAAGAAGGAGAUUGAUGCUAGGAACCAAGCUAUGACGGAGCAAAUUGAAGCAUGCUUGGCUCAAAUCAAGGAGGAGAGAGAAACCGCGAUUCGAAUUCGUGAGCAGGCACUCAAAGAAGAAAAGGAGGCAAAGGAGAGGGUUGCUAAAGAAGCUGAAGAGAAAAAGAAGGCAGAGGCAGCAAAGAAAGAGGCUCAAGUGAAGGCGGCUGCGGAUGCUGCUGCUGCUGCUGCAGAAAGUGCCAAGAGGGCUGCGGUAGCGGCAGCAGAGAAAGCCUCUGCAGAAUCCAGUGCUAUCUUUGUAAGCGAAGCAGCUAGAGAAGAAUAUGGGCGCUACUCCCAGAUACUAGAGCACAUCAGGACCAAGGUCUUGCCUACAGUGACGAACAAUCCUGCUAUAAAGAAAUUCUGUUUUGGGGCUCGACGAGAUAUUGUGGCCUCUAUUGGUCAACUUAUUAACAAACAAGAAGAGGUCUAUCGUGUUGCGACGGAAAUUAAUAACUAUUUCAAAAAGACUAUGAGCAACAGUCAGGAUGCCUACUUUUGGGUGCUGAACUGUACAGCCAAGAAACUUGUCAAACAAGCAGAAACAGAAGCAUUAGUCAAGUCGGCGCCUACAUUCCCACUGGCGUAUGUUGCUGUACUGCUGUUCAUGGAUCACCCACAGUUCUUAGAUGUGCUUAUGUCCCGCUUUGCAAAAAAAUGCCCUUAUGUAACACCGAUAUACAUCCAAAAGGGUCCGAAUGAUACAUCGGAUGAAUUUUUGGCAAAGCUAGGGUAUAAGAAGAGUGGGAAAGGUUUCGAAUCUGAGGCUCAAUACAACGCUAGACAAUGCGCAAUGUUUACGCUUUAUUGUGCAAUUAUGCAGACUACGCCAGCAGUCGGUAGAAACAUUCAUUCGAUGUCGCAUGCAUGGACCUGGAUGGCGCGCAUUUUGAAUAUGCCACCUCGACCUAUUACUCCAUCAUUGAUCACGGUUUUCUUGGAAGUUUGUGGAAACAGCUACCUGAGUAAUUAUAGACAGCAAGCUCAUAAAGUUCUUCGACUGCUUAAAAAUGAAUUUAUUGCUAUGGUCCCAAAGCAAGGAAUUGAUGGAACCACACGACUUUUAACCUUAUUGGAAGACUAUGCAAAAAGUGGUGGCCAAAUCCCUAUAGCAGAAGGUCGUAAUUUUGACCGCUAGGUGAU